AUGGCCCUUCGAGUCAGAUACCAUUGCCUUAUAGUUGUCUCACUUCUUAUCUUCUUCUCCAUCUGGACUUUUAACCAUCAAUGGGAUUCACCCAAGGAGAAACGUAUCCAUAUCAUUAUCCUUUCUUCUUGGAGGUCUGGCUCCUCAUUCUUGGGACAGAUCUUCAACCAUAAUCCUAAUGUCUUUUACAUCUAUGAGCCAGCAAGGAUGGUCUGGGUUAAGCUCCCCAAUGAAAAACCCAGUUUCCUCCACUAUCCAAUUAGAGAUCUCCUCCGCUCCUUAUUCACCUGUGACAUGUCCCCACUACACCACUACCUUCCACGGAGGGGGCGAUAUAUAUCUGAUCUACCCUUUUGGUGGGAGAGCAGAGCAUUAUGCUCCCCGCCAGCUUGUAGUGCCAUAGACCGGGAUGAAGAAUAUGACCGACCCACCUGCUUCCAACAGUGUGGUUAUUUUCCUCUGGAUAAUAUGGCACAUGCUUGUGAAGUCCACAGCCACGUGGUAUUGAAAACUGUGCGGGUACUGGAUCUCGGUGUUCUUCUUCCACUUCUCCAGGAUUCCAAACUAGAUCUCAGAAUUAUACAUCUGGUAAGAGACCCUCGAGCAGUGGCUUUUUCACGAAUGAACUUUGGCUUCCUGAACCAAGAGGAUCUCCAAAUAGUCAGGGAAAACAAAAAAUGGAAAAAUAAAAAACAGAUGCCUAACAUCACGCAUGUCAUGGACAGUAUCUGCAAUGCACAAGUUGCAAUUGAUGAAUUUAGAAGUAAAGCUGGUAAAUCGUUGCGAGGGCAGUAUAUGAUGAUAAGAUAUGAGGAUUUGGCAAAAGAGCCCUUACCUAUCAUUGAGCAGAUCUUCAACUUUGCCAGUCUCAGACUUACAGAAGGUUUUCAGGGAUGGUUAUACAAUAUCACCCACCAAAGCAGGCAAAAGCAAGGAGCAUUCAUGAACUUUGCCCUGGACUCCAUGAAAAUAAUUCAAAAGUGGAGGAUUGGCCUCAAUCACAACACUGUGCUGAAGAUACAAAAUAAAUGUAGGAAUGCUAUGGAAAUCUUUGGCUAUGGACACGUGGAGUCUUUGAAGGAGCAACAUGAUCUUAAUUCAGAUGUACUGACAGAGGUGAAAAAGAAUCAGUAGUUCCAUAAAAAAACAACAACAAAAAAACUGACAGCUUCAUCCCUGUAGGUUACAGAACAGCUGCAUCUCCAGGAGUCCACAAGAUGAAUGACACAAGAUGAAACAGUGGUGGAAAUAGCAGAUAGAAACAGAGAAUUUUAAACACAUAAUUUGACAGCAGAUAAGAACCACUUGGCCCAUCUAGUCCACCCCUUUUUAUUACUAUAUUUUACCUCAAAUCUUAUUUCAUCCUUUUUUCUUUGUAAGGAUAUCCUUAUGUCUUUCCCAUGCAAGUUUAAUUUGAUCUAUUGUCUUAGCCUCUACCACCUCUGAUGGGAGGCAAUUCCAUUUGUCCACUACCCUUUCUGUGAAUUAAUUUUUGCUCAAAUUGCCAGAAUUGAACGCAGUAUUCUAGAUGAGGCCAUACCAAUGACCUAUACAGUGGCAUUAUUACUUCUUUCUUUCUGCUGCGGAUUUCUCUCCUUAUGCAACCAAUGUAGUGGCCAUUUU